UCACUGUUUAAUUUUUCUCCUCCCUUUGGCCCGAGAGGAGUUUUUCAUCUGUGUUGAUCGUUUAUAUCCAUGAAAGGUGCCAUCGCGAGUUUGCCAUUCGUUAGCCGGACGUUGCUCGGAUUAGUUGGUGAUUUGAUUCCUGCGCUGCGCCGCGGACGAGUGACACAAAAUUUAACUAUCAAUUUUUUUCAAAAUUCCUUCAUCAAAUGGAGGAUUAAAAAGUUUGCGAAUGUGCUGGUUUAUUUUAAAUUUCUCGAAAGAAAAAUAUUUCUGGAAUGAUUAGAUGAAGAUGAUAAAAUUGGAUUUAUCAGCGCUGAGAGUCAAAAAUAGUUCAAAUUGAAAAGUAUUAACAUUGUUUAUAUCGUAGAUCGCCAAUUGUAAUAAAAAAAUUUGUCAACAAUGAAGAGCGACGGGGCUAUAAACUUGUGGAAAGCUUGCUGUAUCCAUAUCCCGCAGCGAUGGAUUUUUGCGCUAAUGGGAUUUUUAGGACUGUUCAACGCCUACGCCAUGCGGGCUUGUCUGUCCAUAACCAUAACGCAGAUGGUAGUGCCGACCACUCAUGCAUUCAUUUCCGAGGACGAGACGUGUCGAUUCAAUGACACGAUCUCUACAAACACAACCGUCUACCCUGACGUAACGAGUAAAGGGAUUUACAACUGGGACGAAACUCUCCAGGGCAUAAUUUUAUCAUCGUUCUACUGGGGCUACGUAAUCACUCACAUACCUGGGGGUAUGAUGGCCGAGAAAUUCGGUGGCAAGUACACCCUCGGGAUCGGAAUCCUGCUCACGGCCGUCUUCACGCUGCUGACACCGAACGCCGUCACCUGGGGUGGGCACGUGGCCCUCAUCAUCAUUCGCAUACUCAUGGGUCUAGGCGAGGGCACGACCUAUCCCGCGGUCAACGUCAUGCUGGCCCAGUGGACGCCGCCCGAGGAGAGAUCGAAGACGGGCUCGUUCGUGUUCGCCGGCGCACCCCUCGGCACCGUCUACGCCACCACCGUCUCGGGCCUGAUUCUGCGCUACUCCAGUGCUGGCUGGCCGGCCGUCUUCUACUUCUUCGGCAGCAUGAACGUGCUGUGGUUCGUCGUCUGGGUAUUCGUCUGCUACAACAAUCCCCAGGAGCAUCCCUUCAUCUCGGAAAAGGAGAUGAAGUUUUUGGAGGAAAAAUUGAGCGAUCACACGCACAAGAAGCCACCGCCGGUGCCGUGGCGUCACAUCCUCAAGUCGAAGCCCCUCUGGGCGCUCAUCAUCGCUCUCAUCGGCCACAAUUGGGCCUUCCUGACGAUCGUCAGUGAUCUGCCCAAGUACAUGGACAGCGUGCUCAAGUACUCGAUCCAGAACAACGGCUAUCUUUCCUCGCUGGCCUAUCUGUUCAUGUGGAUCGGUAGCCUCAUCACGUCGUUCAUCGCCGACUGGUCGAUCGCCGCUAGUUACCUGACCAUAACUCAGGUGCGGAAAAUCGGCUCGACCAUCGCCCUGAUCGGGCCGGGGCUGUGCAUCGUCGGCGCCUCGUACGCCGGCUGCGAUCGAGUCUUCGUCAUGGUGCUGUUCACCGUUGGCAUGGCUCUGAUGGGCACGGCUCUGCCCGGCAUCAUGGUCAACGUGCUGGAUCUCAGUCCGAAUUACGCGGGUACUCUCAUGGCCCUGACCAAUGGAAUCUCAGCUCUGACGGGCGUCGUCGCGCCCUGCAUCGUCGGCGCGCUCACGCCCCAUCAGACCCUCAGCGAGUGGCGGCUCGUUUUUUGGAUCGUCUUCGCCGUCUCCAUUCUGACCAACUUGAUCUUCUUGUAUUAUGGCAGCGGUAAGGUUGAAUACUGGAACGAUCCCGAGUUCGUGGAGAACGAUCGUAAAGAAAACAAAAAAACUGUCAAAGAUGUUGAAUCGAAAUGACUGUAGGACGAGUAAUGACAGACUAACGAAAAAAUCUAUUUUUCGUAAUAUUUUAGUAAAUUGAUAUUUAUUUGUAAUGUUCUAUAAAAUUUGACGAUAUUUAUGCGUUUAGAAGAACCAUACGAAGCUGUGAUGGACGACGGUAUUUUAGACGAUCAAUUUACUUGUGACUAGUAUAAAUUGAGCAAAUACUAUUUUUAUACUUGUUUGUUGAUUUUACACAUGAUUGUUUAUGAAAAUAUUUUAAAUUAGUGCCAAGCGCUGCGCACACAUGAGAUAAUUGUUAAUUAAUUUAUAUAUUAUAACAUAAUGCAACGAAUCUAUUAAGAGUUUUUCUCUGAGUUAUCAUGUAAAAAAUUAAACAACAUCCUGUUCUGUAUCAGAAACGAUUCAUUCGUCCUGACACCUAGAAUAAUUGAGUGCUAAUUUUUUUUAAUUAAGCAACGUUAUGCAAAUAUAAAUAUUGAUAACAAUGGUUUUCGUCUCGUUGAUAUUUAUUGCAUCAUUUAGCAAUCUAAUGAUUGCAUCAGAUAUACAAUUGUUGAAAUGGAAAUUCCCUGUGAUGUUCAAGUUUGUAGUAUCGCAAACAUGUUGUGUCUCUUCAUAGUUUCCAUUAGCAAAAUAUAUAAUGCGGAGAAAACAAUGUUGCAGAUGUUAUGCAUUUUAGCGUCAAACUAUCAUAAUAAAAAUCUUUUGAUCGUGAA